UGAACUUACAGGGCUUAAGUCCUGGCAAAUCAUAGGUGGGGGAAAUGUCUGUACCAAGAUUCCAAAAAAUAAACUUUGGAACAUAUGAUAACUACAUUCCAGUCAGUGAAUUAAGCAAAAAAUCAUGGAAUCAGCAACACUUUGCCCUGAGAUUUCCCAAACCACCAAGGCCAGGAAAAAAAAGAAGAUCAAAACCAUCCCAACUACGAGACAAUGCAGUUCCUAUAUAUGAUUCAGAAAAAAUAAAAGAAGUUUCUAAGCGACCAUUAUGGAUGCACAGUUCUUUAAUGAGAAUUUCUGAGAGACCAUCUGAUUAUUUAGCUGCCAGGAGGCAGCGUCCAUAUAAACCAACCCAUCAGCCAAAGGUAGCAGAUGUAGAAAAACCUGUAUAUCCAGAAACACCUAAGAAAGGUAAAGAAGACAAGCAAGAAGACAUGAAGGACAUACCAAAGUCAGAAACAGAACCCACAGCUUUAAAGGAGCCAAAAAUAACUAAGAAAGAGUCAAAGAAAGAUAAGGAAAUAGAAACAGGAACUAGAGAUGAAAAUGAUGUUGCAAAAGCAGAUGCCAAAAAAGAAAGAAAAGCUUCAAAGGAGGGCAAGGAGUCAGGUACAGAAUCUGAAGAUGAAAAGAAAGAUAUCAAGAAAGAGAAGAGAGCCUCAAAGAAGGACAAGGAGUCAGGUACAGAAUCUGAAGAUGAAAAGAAAGAUGCCAAGAAAGAGAAAAAAGCCUCAAAGAAGGAGAAGGAGUCAGGUACAGAAUCUGAAGCUGAACAGAAAGAUGCCAAGAAAGAGAAGAAAGCCCCAAAGAAGGUCAAGGAGUCAGGUACAGAAUCUGAAGAUGAAAAGAAAGAUGCCAAGAAAGAGAAAAAAGCCUCAAUUAAGGGUAAGGGGUCAGGUGCAGAAUCUGGAGAUGAAAAGAAAGAUGCUAAGAAAGAGAAAAAAGCAAAGGGCAAGGAGUCAGGUACAGAAUCUGAAGAUGAAAAGAAAGAUGCCAAGAAAGAGAAGAAAGCCCCAAAGAAGGUCAAGGAGUCAGGUACAGAAUCUGAAGAUGAAAAGAAAGAUGCCAAGAAAGAGAAGAAAGCCCCAAAGAAGGGCAAGGAGUCAGGUACAGAAUCUGAAGAUGAAAAGAAAGAUGCCAAGAAAGAGAAGAAAGCCCCAAAGAAGGGCAAGGAGUCAGGUACAGAAUCUGAAGAUGAAAAGAAAGAUUCCAAGAAAGAGAAGAAAGCAAAGGGCAAGGAGUCAGGUACAGAAUCUGAAGCUGAAAAGAAAGAUGACAAGAAAGAGAAGAAAGCCCCAAAGAAGGGCAAGGAGUCAGGUACAGAAUCUGAAGCUGAAAAGAAAGAUGACAAGAAAGAGAAGAAAGCCCCAAAGAAGGGCAAGGAGUCAGGUACAGAAUCUGAAGCUGAAAAGAAAGAUGCCAAGAAAGAGAAGAAAGCCUCAAUUAAGGGUAAGGGGUCAGGUGCAGAACCUGAAGCUGAAAAGAAAGAUGCCAAGAAAGAGAAGAAAGCCCCAAAGAAGGGCAAGGGGUCAGGUGCAGAAUCUGAAGAUGAAAAGAAAGAUGCCAAGAAAGAGAAGAGAGCCUCAAAGAAGGGCAAGGAGUCAGGUACAGAAUCUGAAGCUGAAAAGAAAGAUGCCAAGAAAGAUUUCAAGAAAGACAAGAAAGCUUCAAAGAAAGACAAAGGGUCUACAGAAUCUGAAGAUGCAAAGAAGGAUAAGGAUGGGAAAAAAGAUACAAAAAAAACAGGAGAGAAAGAUGACCAAUCGAAAGACAAGAAAGAUGCAAAGAAAAAGGGGAGUAAAAAAGGUAAGAAAGAUGAAAAGAAGGCCAGUGGGACAGAUACUGAAUCAAAGGAUGGUGCCAAAAAAGAUGCCAAGAAGGAUGCCAAGAAGGAUGCCAAGAAGGAUGCCAAGAAAGAUGUCAAGAAGGAUGCCAAGAAGGGCAAAUAAACCUUGAAUAAUAAUUCAAAAGCAUUUGAUAAACAAUUUUAGUAUCUGAAACUGAAUAUGAGUGACAAGGGAAUUCAAAUAAUUAAUCAAAUAAUUUUUUAAUGGGCAAAGAAUAAUAUAAAGCAAGACCCAGAAAAGCAUCAUAAAAUAUAAGAAAGAUAUGAAAAAUUAAAAGUGAUGAAUCAUUGAAGGACUUGGAGGAUACCUAUGCUAAGUUUGGGGAUAUGAAAGAUUCAAUGAAAGAUCCCUAGAAAGGUUCAAAGAAGAAUAUUCAAAUCAGGAUGUAGAAGUUAAUGACACUGGAUCUGUGGAUA